ACAGUGUCAGUGUUUUAGAGUGCUGCUUAAGAUUUAAUCUACUUUCAAAGUUUACGGGGUGACUGUUAACAGUGGUUUCGGCGAUAUUGUGUAACUUCUGAGUGUGUGGUGCAGCAGUGAUGCUAGUUUGUGCUAAGGCUCAGUAAAGCAGUCUGGCUUAUCUACUAAGCCAGACACACACACGCCCCUUUUUUCUUUAACGACUUCUGAUCAAAAGCUGACAAACUACGGCUGCGGUGUGUGACAGCGGGAACAUUCCUACAAUGUUUUCACUUUUUCUGUUGGUUCCGUUAAUGCUCAGUGACAGCUCUGUGUUGCAGGACUCGGACAGCUCCUUAAGUAUUUUUACACCAGUGUCCAACAUGACUGUGGAUUGGGUAGGAUAUGGAUACGCCACGCUUGUAGCAUCUGGAGGAGUCAUUGGUUACGUGAAAGCAGGCAGUGUUCCCUCCCUAGCUGCUGGGCUGCUGUUUGGGGGCUUUGCAGGUUUUGGAGCUUACCAGGUCUCAAAUGAUCCUAAAAAUGUUUGGGUGUCACUAGCUGCAUCAGGAGCACUGACUGGUAUCAUGGGGAAGCGGUUUUAUGGAUCGAGGAAGUUCAUGCCAGCUGGUCUGAUGGCUGUAGCAAGUGCUCUGAUGGUGGGGAAGCUUAGCUUGGCGUUGCUCCAGAAACCUGUACAGUCCUGAUGAAGUUAAUAUGUUGAAAUAUCAAUUCCCAUCAGCUCCUGUGGCUCUUUUCAGAAGCACCCUCUCAGCAUUUGCCAUUUAUGCCCAGAAUCAUGUCCUUUUGUUUAAAAAAAAA